UUUGAAAUGUUGACAUAGAGAGUCUAAACUGAACUAAGAGACUGAUUAGGGUAUGUCCGAAGCUCCUCUGCCUCGUCCUCGGAAGCGGUUCGAUCUCGUGGGAGUCCGAGGAGGCACCUCGAAGUUCAUCAUCUAUGGACUAUCUGCAGUGGGAGUGUUCGCAAUGGGCAAUUUAUUUCAGCCAUUUGUGAGUGAAAAGUGCAGAAAGAAAUGGCAUCGAAUGUACCCCACGUCCUUGGCCAACUUCUACAAGUUCAACGAAUACCUCAUCGAGAACAAAAUCCUCCGCAUCAACCUCAAAGACAGAGACUUCGUAAGCUGGAAUGUCAGUCAGAAGGAGAGAGAUUGGUACAAUAACUUCCUAAAACUAUAAAAUAAAACGAUAAAUACACAGCUAACUGCAAUUUAAUAUACAUGAGUUUUGUUUUUCGAUGGCCUUUUAAACUGAUUUUGU